UUCUGGUUCCAUGAUGGCGACAUCAUCCUAGGCGUCGAGCAGCACUUGUUCAAGGUUCACCAGAGUCGCCUCAAAUGCUCAGUGAUAUUCUCAGACAUGCUUGAAAUACCACAGCCGGAGGUCGUGGAGGGCGUGGAUGGGAAACCUUUCGUGCAGCUCGCAGACUCGGCACAGGAUUGGCAUGUGGCGCUGCGAUGGAUGUAUGACCCUUUAACGUUCAAUAACAUGCCACAUCCGGUGCCAUGGGCAUUGCUUCCCAGCGCACUGCGGAUAGCAAACAAAUAUGAGAUCACAGCUCUCCGUAAGUGGGCUGUUGAUCGCUUGCAUGCCCGCUGGCCCUCUGAUCUUGAGCGCAUGGACACAAACUCCCUGCCCUGCGCCGCUGAGGCAAUUGUUCUGGCACACGAAUGCGACGUCCCAUCAAUUCUGCCGGCUGCUCUGUAUGCGCUUUCUCUCCAGCGCUGG